AUGACUCACAAAGACGGAAAUGAGUCGGACAAUGAUGAGGUCCAGAACCAGAUGAUGUCACAAGAAACUGUGUCAGCCGAAGAGAUAAGGAUACUAAGACAACAAAUGAUAGAGAUGUACGAAGCUUGGAUGAGUGGACAAGCUCCACCGCCUUCAAUCCGUGACUAUCUAAAUACAAAUAUGUCACCUCUUGUCCAAGUAUCGAUAAGUGAUCUAAUUUAUCCACCUGGAUUCGGUCCCGCAUCCAAUGUAGCUGGAACUUCUACGGUGCGCCCUUUGAAUACGCCUAUGACAAGUAAUCCACUAUUCAUUCCAACCGCGCCGACUAAUGUCCUUCAACAACCUAUAGUGGAGCCAAAAUCCAUCAAUGAUCCUCUACCCAAAGUUCAAUAUGAUCGAGAUUAUACUCCUGAAUUGACUUUUAAAAUUCCAGGCUCUUACCUUCACACUCAUCAGUAUAGUUCCCCUGUUGAAGCUGAAAAAACUGUUGAGAACGAGGAACAUGAAGAAAUGGCUAGAAAAAUGAAGAGUUUGGAACAGAGUGUGAGAGAUAUGCAAGGAUUGGGAGGUCACAAAAGUGUCUCGUUCAAUGAUUUGUGCAUGUUUCCCCAUGUUCAUCUGCCCAUCGAUUUUAAAACUCCAAAGUUCGAGAAAUAUGAUGGACAUGGAGAUCCUGUAGCUCAUUUAAAGAGAUAUUGUAAUCAAUUGAGAGGGGCUGGAAGCAAAGAAGAAUUGCUCAUGGCUUAUUUUGGGGAAAGUUUGAUGGGAAUUGCCUCAGAAUGGUUCAUAGACCAAGAUACUUCUAACUGGCAUACAUGGGAUAAUUUGGCUCGAUGUUUUGUUCAACAAUUUCAAUAUAACAUUGACAUAGUUCCAGAUCGUACUUCACUUGUCAACAUGAGAAAAAAUACUACCGAAAAUUUUCGUGAAUAUGCUAUUAGGUGGAGGGAGCAAGCUGCUAGGGUUAAACCACCAAUGAAAGAGUCUGAAAUGAUUGAUGUUUUUCUCCAAGCGCAGGAACCAGAUUACUUUCAUUAUUUACUUUCCGUUGUUGGAAAAACAUUUGCUGAAGUUAUUAAGAUUGGUGAAAUGGUGGAAAAUGGCAUCAAGUCUGGAAAAAUUGUAAGUCAAGCUGCCUUGAAAGCUACAACACAAGUGAUUAAAAAUGGAUCAGGAAAUUUUGGGGGAAAGAAAAUGAAGGAAGAUGUAGCAAAUGUUGUGUCAGGCACACAAAAAGGUCCAAGGGGUCCACCUUAUCAAUCUGCACCACCUCAAUACCAUCAUUAUCUCCCUAUGCAAGACACACAAUAUUCUGUUGUUCCACCUCAAUAUGCGGUUUACAAUGCACAACAAUAUGCAUACCCACCAAAUUAUCCUCAAUGGCGAGCGUCAACAUAUCAAAAUGUUCACCCUUCUUCUCGAAAUUUUCGAGCACCUUAUAAUCUUUGUCCGAGACAGGGAUUUGGAGGAGGUCAAAGGCCUAGAAACAAUUUCACACCAAUUGAAGAGUCUUACACAAGUUUAUUUAACAAGUUGAAACAUUUGAAGAUAAUAGAGCUGAUUCCUCAAAAUUAUAUGGAUCCACAUGCAAAGAGUUUCAAUCCUAUAGCACGAUGUGCAUACCAUUCUGAUGCUCCAGGGCAUAGUAUUGAAGAUUGUCGUGCACUAGCAGAUGAUGGAGCAAGUCCCUUUUGGUUUUGUUGGAAGGAUGUCCGAUUGGCAUUAUUCUUCUGCUGCCCGGACUCAUUCCCAGAUGUCUUUGCCUUUUUGUUUCUGAACUAUUCCCUAUCCCUUAGCUUAUCUCCUCAACCUGCUGCACAUGAAUCAUCAGCCUCAAUGAUACAAUCCAGCAACAAACAAACUCAUCCUACUCCUCAUAUCCGCAACCAUUUCUGGGGUAUAACGGGAAAGUUGGGUGAACUUCAGACUGUACUCAUGAACACUCAUUGA